AUGAAAUAUAACGAGAAAGAAGAGUAUCUCAGAGAGUCACUGGAUGAAACAAACACACAAAAUAAAACGGUAGAUGCUGGCGUACAAGUACAUUUUAAACCUGAAAUGGCGACCAAAGGAGUACAAUAUCAAAAUAAUAUGGAUACCAUAGUACAAAAUAAGAACUGGGUAGAAAAUUUAACUAAUAUUUAUAUUCCGCGUAACGUGCUUGAGAUCUUUAGUCUUGGUCCAGAUUUUGCCGUACCUAUCAGCCAACCAAAAGAGAUACCCAUUCCUAACAUCAUCAGCAGUAUUGAGUCAGCUCUUAGAAACUGUUCAACCGACGCACGGAAUGACUAUAGAUCAAAAUGCUGUAAUAUUAUUAGAAACUACAAAAAUAAGCAAAACUGGACUGCUAACCAAACCCAAAAUAUGUUAGUUAAAAAAGUUAAAGAAACCCAACAUUUUCUAAUGUACACUACCGACUAUGACAAUAAAAUAAAUGAACUUCUAUCAGAUAGGGCCACAUAUAGCGAAUUAAAAAACGAUCCCACAAACAUAUUUCAAAAAAAUAACAACGAUAUAAUAAAUCGAUGGGAAAAAGCUCUCCUAAUCUCGCCGCAAACUGCAAAACACUUAAAAAUUAAUAAUGCUAUCGCCCCAAGGAUCUACGGCUUACCAAAACUGCAUAAACAAAAUAUCCCCUUAAGACCUAUUGUCUCUUGCACUCAGUCCCCUUUCGAAAAAUUAUCAAAAUUCUUAAAAAACAUCUUAAAAAACAUAGUGAAUGAUAAUGAAUACUAUAUUAAAGAUUCGUGGCAGUUUAAAGAAAAAAUUAGCAGAAUCAUUCUACCGCAUGACCACAUUUUAGCAUCUCUAGAUGUAGUGUCCCUCUACACAAACAUUCCUAUCGAUUUAGCUAUAGACAUAAUAAAUAAAAAAUGGGACAUGAUCAAACUUCACACAGACAUUCCACUAGAGGAGUUCGUGGAAGCCAUAAAAUUAACUCUAAAUUCGACCUAUUUCAUAUAUAAUAAUAAAUAUUACAAGCAGAUUGACGGUUGUGCCAUGGGUGCUUCUAUUUCGAGUAAAGCUGCAAAAUUAGGAAUACUCAAUUUGGUUUCGGAAAUGGUUUCGGAACAGGUUAGGCGCUGUUUAGUAUGCAAAUACCAAUACAAAACCAUCAGGAUGUACAACCAUGACAAUUACAUACGUGCCUUCGACAGAGUCAGAUAUGGCAAAACGUUAAAGGCCCAGAGGCUGAUGAUAUUAGAUAAUAGCAAACCAAUACUCGCAACAGGAAGCAAAUAUAUGUUUAGAAGAUCAACUAUCAGAGUAAGCGAGGAGUUAGGACAGGGCGGUAUCUGA